UGUCUCCUACUCACGCCCCUCUAACCAACCUAUCAAGACACGCGCCACUCAGACUUCAUUUCCCACAAUGCCGCUGCGCUCGUCCUUGUCAAACUCCACUGUGGUCAAGCUAACGUUAACCGCCUCUGGUCGUUGACAGGAGUAGUAAACGGCAGAAAUACAAAAGCAUGGACGAUGUCGGUCACUUGAAGUCACUGCUGAACUAAUGAAUCUGAGAAAUGUUUGGAAGACAGUGCCUUUAACACCAAGAGACAUUUUUAUGAAGACUCAAAGUAAAUAUUCAUGUUUUCACAACGAGAGUAAUAUUAACGCCAGUGCAGCGAUAAGCUAACAGCUAGCUAACGUUACUUAACCUGGUUUUUGGCUAACUUAGAAACAGCUUCGGGAAGAACCUGCUAACGAAUGGAAACAACUUGCCAAAUGUGAGGGAUAAAAAAAGCCUCGUAAAAUAAGAAAUCAUUCUGGCUGGUCUCGGAUUUGCAAGGUAAGAAAUGUAGUGUUUGUAACCAGUGACAGCUAGAUGACUGCAACGGGUGGCUGUGUUUUGUUGGUGGGCAAGUUUCGACAAGACUGCAGAUAGAAGCGUGGAGACUGCUUUAUCAUUGAUGAAUGUGCAAUUUUUGAUUAAUACUACUGAGUUGUAACCUUACCCUGUUUGUUGUUAUGCAGUGUCCAGUGUUAACACUAAUAAUUUGACUAUAAUAUUACAUGCCAAGGAAAAUGGUAGCAUAUGGGAUACAAUGCUAUUACAAAACAAUUACCUUACAUGACAAAACAGUCAAAAAUACUCGGGAGGCAGACAAAAGAUCAUGAACACUUUAUAAUAUAAAGCUGUCCUCUACAGCCACAUCACAAACUCAGGAUUGUUCUAGAUCUUACAGAUGAAAUAAUUAGUCAGUUUUUGUUAUAGUAAAUAGCUAACAGCUGUGUUAAUCGACUGGUCAUUUAAGUCAUUUAUCGAGCAUAAAUGCCCAAUGUGAGGGUUUUCUGCUUCAGUCUGCCUCAUAUCAUGGUAAAUUGAAUAUCUACUGGUUUUGGACUGUUGGGCUGACAAAAUAAAAAAAUUGAAGAUAUCACCCUGAGCAUUAUUUUCUGAAGGUUUGUAAGCUAAACAAAACUUUAAAAAUGCAUUAUAAACUUCACAAAGGUAGCAUUUUUUAUGUGGCUGUUCAAUUGGAAUGAAUUGGAUAAAGUGUUUUUGUUGUUAUUAUGUUGUCAUGUCAUAUUGAGAAUAAUGUUUUCACUUUAACUCGUUCUCCCUUGUAUUGAUGUUUUGUAGAUCCAUAAAUAAAUCGAAAAAGUACACUGGAAGUUAAUUUAGCCUUUUAAAAUUUAUCCUCAGGUUCACCAAAUGCAGUGUAUAAUGAUAUACACACAUGGCCACACAGCAAGAUAAAGUGAUGCACCAAAAGGGAGUUUUAUCAUAGUCAUGUAGAAUAUAUACUGUCGUCAGUGGUUGGUCUUUAUCUCCACACACAGUUGCUGUUAGUUACAGGCAGUUAUGGUUGAUAUUUUGACGCAUUCUGAGACACCAUAUUUUACUGAUACACUGAUAUUUUACUAAUGACCAUUAGGUAACCCAGUUGAAAGGACAAGUUGGUCACAGAAGUUUCUCCCAAAAAAGCUCAGCAUACAAGAAGGCAUUGCUUUGUAUUUAACACUUGAUCCACAGGGACAGCUCUACCUCUCCAUUGCUGUGUGUGUGUGGCAUGGGAAUGAGUGAUGAAUCAAAAGUGACGAGUGAGGGAAGCAAACAGACAUAACUAGCAGUCAGGAACAACGAUCUGUAAAAUUAUAUUCAAGGGGAAGGAGGCUGUAGGGAGCAGUGAGGGACGCCCUGUGAGUAAGGACAGUGGGUGAGGUGAAAGAGGACAUAUCUAGGGUGCUCAUUUGAGGAGCUGGCUUGAGGCCCUGUUGUACUGAUGCCAAUAUUAGUUGCCCAUGACUACCCAGAUUUUCAGCAGAUGUCCUGUUUGCUCUCUCGUCUCUUUGCUUUCUCUUCAUCUUGUUUUCCUUGAUCUUCCUCACUGCUGCUAAACUCCUCGAACUCUGAUGAUUCUGAAUGGAUCUUUUCCCAGUAAUAUCUGAUUAUUUAACAAAUAUCCAUUAUUUACUAGUUACUAGUUUUGAAGGUGGAUCAAGCCUAUAUUUAGUGAAGUAUUAAAACUAAAGGUGACAUCUCUUCAUGACUAAACACUUAAUAGUUUAUUAUAAAAAACACCUUAAAGCACAUUUAUCACAUUUUUACAAGCACAUAUAUCAAAAAUGUUUAUUAAUGUGUUAGUUAAGAUACUGUUUAUUCAGAUACAAUAACCAGUUUUAUAAUAUCACAUUCAUGACAGUUUGCAGGAUUAUGAUUUAUUUCUAUAUUAAAUAUAGCAAAAUAUUGUUUCUAGAACAGCAAUAGCAAUGUUUACAACAGCAAAGUUACUUUAUAAACUCAAUAAUAUCUCCCUGGAAACAAAUCUAAACUCUAAAUAACAUAAUAUUCCUGGCAACACUGACUGAAGACUAAAAAAUAAUGUAGAACAUAGAAAUCAAUUGUGUAGAUUGUAUCUACUGUAUGUUACAAAAUGAUAAAUUAAAAAAAAGUUAAUAAUAUGUUAGUAAUGAAAAUAAUUAUUGCAGUUCUACAAUAAUACACAUUCCUACUUUAUACACAUUUCCUGCAGUUCAUGUUUACAUAUUUGACAACUCUGUAAUUGUGACUGUGAUUAAAAGUUUGUUUGAAAAAUGAUUGAUUUAGAAAUUUGUACAGUAUUUAACAAUGGACCAGAGAGCCUGUGGGGGUUAAAGGUUGUAUGAAUAGGUGAUUUAUCUGGUACAAUGAUAAGCUCAUUUUAAAUUGUUCAGACGUCUUUGUUUGUAAUGCUAGUAAGAUCGUCCCAGAUAAUGUUCUUCCUCUAAAGUUCAUCUCAUGUUAGUUUUCAUUGUGGGAAAGAAGGGGAAUAUCCUGACUGUACAAACUGUACAACUGUAAUCUGGUACAUUAGCAACAGAUGGGCUUCAAUGGUGUUCCUGUUCUUUUUGUUAUAUUCUGCUAAGACGGAGACCUUUCACCUACAUGUCCUCAUCUCUGUGCUGCAGUAACCUGGGUGCAACUUACUGUAGCUCUGCUUUCCUCUUGUGUCUUUUUCUGGCCUUCAUUGGUGUGGGAGUUGGUUAAAGCUCUCGGUUCCAGGUGUUGCAGCCCCUCCAGUGGUUGAAUUCAUGAGCGCGCUCAGUGACAGCCGUGCAUAAUCCUCAGGGAUGGGGAGUGGAGUCCAGGAACAACGGGCAUCACUCACGCAGGGGGAAGUGUUGCCGCUGGCUUCCUCCAGUCAGGCAGAAGGCAGCUAUGAGGGUCUGAAGCACACUCGGUCUGUCCUCAACUCGCUCUUCUCGGGGGCUUUAGCAGGAGCUGUGGCCAAGACAGCUGUUGCCCCAUUGGACAGGACUAAAAUCAUCUUCCAAGUGUCUUCAGCACGAUUCUCUGCCAAGGAGGCCUACAGGUUGAUCUACCGCACCUACCUCAAGGAUGGCUUCUUCAGCCUGUGGAGGGGGAACUCUGCCACUAUGGUGCGAGUCAUCCCAUACGCUGCCAUCCAGUUCUGUGCACACGAGCAGUACAAGAGGCUGCUGGGAGGGUACUAUGGCUUUCAGGGGAAAGCCCUGCCUCCAUUACCAAGGUUACUGGCCGGAUCUAUGGCUGGUACCACGGCAGCCAUGCUGACCUAUCCUCUGGAUAUGGUGCGAGCUAGGAUGGCCGUAACACCAAAGGAGAUGUACAGUAACAUUCUACAUGUGUUUGUGCGGAUCUCUCGAGAAGAGGGCCUGAAGACAUUGUAUCGAGGUUUUACUCCCACCAUGCUGGGUGUUGUUCCCUAUGCUGGUCUCAGCUUCUUUACAUAUGAGACCCUAAAGAAAUUACAUGCCGAGCGCAGCGGCCGCCCCCAGCCCUACUCAUAUGAACGCCUGGCGUUUGGAGCGUGUGCGGGUCUCAUUGGCCAGUCGGCAUCUUACCCUCUGGAUGUGGUACGACGGCGCAUGCAGACUGCAGGAGUCAAAGGUCACACGUACGGCACCAUCCUGGGCACCAUGAAGGAGAUCAUGUCUGAGGAGGGGGUAAUCCGUGGACUCUACAAAGGUCUUAGUAUGAACUGGGUCAAAGGGCCCAUUGCGGUGGGGAUCAGCUUCACCACCUUUGACCUAACUCAGAUUCUCCUGAAGAAGCUGCAUCAGAUGGGCUACACGGCUCGAUAAUAGCGAUUCAGAGUGGAAAAUGGGGAUAGCACAAGAUCCCUGUAAGCACUCUGAAGAGAAACAAAGAAGGGGAAGUGAGAGAGUGAAGAGUGUGUUGCUGGACAGAAGCAAACACACACUGGCUCAGGAUGCGUGGGUAAUAUUAAUGUAUUCUCUCGCAUUAUCUGUGUGCAACAAGGGAUUUACAGUCCCUGUAGGCGUGAGAUAGGGUAUAGGGUGGUACCGUGUACCUGUACACACUGCUGUCAUGUACAUCUAAGUGCAAUAUGCUCCGUGAUUUUACAUGUGUACGCAUAGAUUAUAAUGCUCCUGUCCUCGUGGAACAGACCUAUGAGUGUAUUUAUCAGAGAGUUCAGAGGUUCACACACACUGACGUCUCUCAACUGCCUUGUGUGUCUGCUUGAAACUGAAACCUUCCAGUGCAAUGCCACUCAUUUGCUAUUGACUUUUAAGAUGCAUUUGAUUUGAUAGGACUAAAUGCCCCCUUGAGAUUUGUUUUGAUGUGAGUGAGUUUGUUUUCAAGGAAUUAUACCAAAGGUUAGGAUGUGAGCUAGCGGCAGAUUAUAUGAUGUUGGUGGUGUUAGUGUAUUUAAGCACAAAAGAGAAAGGAAAAAUAGAGUCUUGUCCAGCACAAAGGUAAUAGCAUUUUUACUGCCAUUGAAUAGUUAGUUUUUGUUUGAGUUGAAGAUAUUAAAUCUCUACGAGUCCAGUACUUUUAAAUGGAGCCCCUGAACAUUGAAUUCACAGACUUUUAUUUGGAGUUUAGCUACUGCGCUGACAGCAGACAGAUGAUCUAUAUUUUAUGCCAGUGCCAACAGAUAUGAAGUCUAAAGAGUGCCCAUAUAAUUUUAUGUUUGUUUUUGCUGUAAUCAUAUCAUGGGCUUUUUAAAAUAUUGUCAGUUGUGAUAGACAGUUUUGUUGUCUGACGUAUCAGUACAGGUGAUUAGACAGAUUUUGCUCAGAAAAAUUUCUGUACGGGUUCAGUAUACCAGCUGAAAAUCGCAGUUCCAGUUUAACCUCAGACUGACAUAAAAUCUCAAGUAAUGUACAUCAAAUAGUUUGGUAGAUAAUUUUCCAAAUGUUCGAUAAUAGACGCUAAUUUAACAGUUUAGUCGGAACACUUGUGCAGUCUAAUGUUAUCUAAUACAACAGCCCUGCAGUGAAUAAUACCUCUGUGGAGUUUGCAAUGUCCCAUUAUUGUUGACACUGUGUGAGAGGUGUUGCUUUCAAUCUAUGAUAUUUUUAAUGAUGUGGAUAUGGAUGAUAUGAUAUGGUUUUGGAUUACAAUAUAUUGUCUAGUGUUUCUAACAUUGUCACCCUCAUGUAUGUGUCACGGGCAAUGGACACACACAGUCCCAUAUUCAGUGUACAAAUGUUGUCUUCCACUUGCUGUCAGUAUGGCAGCUGCAGGAUCUGUCUCUUGAUGACUUUGCUGCCAUUCAUGGCUGCCUUGUUUAAACCUUGGCAAGACUCUAGUUCAGAUUUUGACAGGUUUUGACCGGUCACAAUGGCCUCACUAUGUAGAUAUGCAUCAGUAUUUGCUAAUGGACUUAAUGGACUUGAAAUAUACACACACUUAGUGAAGAGAUCAUUGGAGUUCUCUAUUACAGGCAUAAUUUUGGUGUUCACAGUAUUGUACUUUACCUCAGCACAUGAUCAAAUGGUCGUGAAAUUCUCACAUAUCAAAGUGUUCUGUGGAGUAGUGUCAAAAAUGGGACAGAGUGCUUAGUUUUUAUUUGACCUUAUGGUAGACAGUUUCCACAGUAUUCAUGCAGGCUUACAGUCAUUGAGGAGUGUCAGUAGUUUCUAUACUUAGAUCACACAUACUGAGGCAGGAUGGUUGAGCUGAGUGAACAGCUGGAUGCGGAGCCAAGUGGAGCAGAGGGCAGGAGGUGUCUUCUUUAACAGAAUAAAGCAGGGGGUUUUCUCUGUCAAACAGGUGUGAGGACCUCAACUGAAACUCAACAGUUAGUUUAAGAAAAAAAUCCUGUGUUUUGUACUUUGUAAUAAAUGAUUAAUACAGGAUUGUUUAACACUUUACUACUGUUUCCACUGCACAAAUUAUUACUUUUAUUAUUGAUUGAUCUUAAAAUUUUUUGAAUAAUCACCACAAAAAUGCCCAUAAUAGUCACUAGAGCCCAGAGUAAUGCCUUAAAAAAAAUAUAGAUUUUUUUUUUUAAGUUGUGAAGGAGAAAAGCAACUCUUUGUGUUUGAGAAUCUUUAAUCAGCAAAUAUUGUGGGUUUUCACUAUUUAAAAGUUAAAUCACAUAUUAAAAUUGGAAUUGAUUUUGUCCAUUAACCAACUCAUUUAUCCACUGAUUGUUUCAGCACUAGGGCUGGGUAUUUUUUCGGUGAUAAUGUUAAUACAAUACCUGAAUUUCAGCACUGAUACCAGAAUGAUUCUUUUUUUGUGGAAUAUAUACACGCUAUUCUAAUUUCACAUAUUAUCUAAACCCCAAGCAGCUUUAAAAGAAUCAGUCAAAAAUUAGUAUAAUUCUGCUUAAAAUCAGAAACUACCCGAUCAUAGAAUAAGUAAAGACUAUGAAUCAGGGCAAGCAUUCAUUGUCCACUUAUGGUACUUUGGUACAGUUUUCGAUACUUGCUGCUAGGGCCACGUUUUGGUCAGUAUCAAAACAUUUUGAAAUUUGAUACCCAGCUCUGUUAAGUAGUUUACUACACUCUUACCACCCAUUCAUUAAUCUCACAACCCCCCUUUAACUUGCCUCUGUCUGACCAUCAUCCUCUCAUCCGCCUCUCAUCUGUCUGUCCAUGGAUUUUGAGAUUGUCUUCCUCAUUGUCCAGUGAAUCGGGAGAAAUGUAGCAGACUCUGUUCGAAUCAGCGAAGAGUAGAAAACUUUGUUGCACUCGGAUUAACAGCAGAGCGGUAGAUGCAAGUUUAGUCAAUUAGUUAUCGACCCCUUACCCUAAGUUGCAGAAGGGAAAUAUGUGUAACUAAGUUUAGAUCAUUGACAGCUUGAAACCGUCAUGUUCUGGGCUGACGUGUAAAUGAGUGCUGCUUGGUUGAAAGUAUACAUUAACUGAAAGCUGAGUGAAGGACAGUUACUGACUCUUAAGUGCCUCGCAAGGAAUAGUAACGUUUUUACUAUGACUGAGCUACUUCUUCUAACCUGUUUGAGGGUUGCUUCCAUUUUAUAGCCUUGCUUUGGUCUUGAAGUUUCAAGUAUGUAAGGAGCAGCAGGUGGUUUGAAGGUGGUUUGAAGUUUGAGACUGAAUGUAUUACUUCAGGUGCAGUUUUUGUUUGUGAAUUUUGUAAAACUUAAAAACUACCUUGCAGGGUAAUGCUGUCUAGGGUGAGAUUCAUGAUUCUUGGCUCCCUAGCAGACUUGAUCAAUCCAUUCCAACACAUUUGGCAGUGAUUUGAGUAAUGUCGGAUGAUUUAAAAGUAAAUUUAAUGGCUAUUAAUUAAUUACCCUGAUUUCAAUUAUAUUUGAUGUACCUGUAGAUCAAAAGAAAUUGGUAAACACAUGAUGAAAUAUACUGUAAAAGGGAGAGUCUCACAAACCUGGACAAACUCCUAGACAAUCAUUAGAUGCCAAAAAGUUUUGUGUUUUGUAGUGGUUUAAAAAUAAAAGUAGGAUUGUUGUUGAGAACCUGACAGUGGCUUAAUAAAGGAGGAAUACUGACACACUACAACACCAAACUGGUAAAAAUUGUGUAUUUAUUUGCUCUAACAAAAGCAAAUUGAAUUAUUUUAACCCUGUUUGUGGGUAAUCCUACACAGACGUGAAGACAUAGAAUGCUACUGUUUUUGCAUGUUGCAACAUCAUCUAAUAUGUUUUUGUUUCAGUGCAGCAGUGAUACAAAGGCUGUUUUGUAAAUCCUAGUGAUUUGUGCCAACUGAAUGUAAAUGCACCUACUAAUACCACACCCUGUGUCAAGUCUGCAGUGUUUAUGUUGUACCUGUAGGAAAGUUUUGAAAUAUCAAAUUCUCAAAUAAAACUGAUGUUGACGACAGAUUGAUACUUGUUUA